CACCGGAGUAUGACAGGCUGUAAUCCGUACGGCUCCUCCCACUAUUCUGGACGGUCUCAGGCUAGUGACGUCAUCAUUCCGGGCCCGAGCACAGUGUGGGGAUCACGUGGAGCAAAGAUGAGGCCGCUGACAGAGGAAGAGACCAGAACCAUGUUCGAGAAAUUGUCCAAAUAUAUCGGGGAGAAUAUAAAGCUCUUGGUGGAUCGUCCUGACGGCACUUACUGCUUCCGGUUGCACAACGAACGGGUCUAUUAUGUCAGUGAGAAGAUCUUGAAGUUGGCGACAAACAUCGCGCGGGAGAAGUUGGUGUCGCUGGGGACGUGUUUCGGGAAGUUCACCAAGACGCAGAAGUUCCGCCUUCAUAUCACCGCUUUGGAUUUUCUCGCUCCGUAUGCCAAGUACAAGGUGUGGGUGAAGCCCGGCGCUGAGCAAUCCUUCUUAUAUGGAAAUCACGUUCUGAAGUCGGGAUUGGGAAGGAUAACGGAGAACACGACCCAGUACCAGGGGGUCAUCGUGUAUUCCAUGGCCGAUGUGCCGCUGGGCUUCGGCGUGGCGGCGAAGUCCACUCAAGAGUGCCGGAAGCUGGACCCGAUGGUCAUCGUGGUUUUCCACCAGGCCGACGUUGGCGAGUACAUCAGACAUGAAGACACGCUCACAUAAGCUGCUGUUCAUUGGACUGCCAAGGACUUUCUAGAUCAGAGGUGACACUCCUACAGCCAAUCACAUCACAGGAACUGACAUGACACGGCAGACAUGCUCAGUAUAAGCUCCGCCUGCUGGAGGUCAGAGGUCACUCUUCUUUAUGGACCUUUUUUUUCAGCUGUCUGUGGCCUGGUCUUGCCGGAGGUCAUUCUUCAAUGUAUGGACUAGAAGCAAUUCUAUUUUGUAUACAAUUUCCAGCAGUUCUGUUCUAUUAAACCGGACCGGAUGAAAUUUUAAUACGUU